AUGAAACGCUAUUCUCUCGUCUGUAUAGCAGUUGCGCUGCUCCGGGCUGUCGCCGAGGGCAAGGCUGUCGUUGUCGAGUCCUUACCAAAGGUGCCCACCCACUGGAGGAAGCUCAGGGACGCGGAUCCGGACCAGGUCGUCAAGCUUCACGUUGCGCUCGACCAGCCCGACCUGGACCGGUUCGAGAGAACCCUGUACGACAUUUCUACCCCCCAGCACGCUCUGUACGGUCGCCACCUGUCGCGUGAGGAGGUCAAGGAGAUGGUGAAACCGAGAGAGGAGUCCGCUGCUGCUGUUCUAAAAUGGCUGGAAGAAUCUGGCGUCCCCCUAUCGAACAUCCGUCCCGACGGAGAAUGGAUACAUUUCAGAACCACAGCAUCACAGGCUGCGAACCUGCUCAGUGCCGAUUUCCAGGUAUAUAACCAUAUCGGUACCAACACGCAACGAAUCAGAACUUUGCGGUAUUCUGUGCCCGAGGAAGUCAGGCCGCAUGUCACCAUGAUCCAGCCCACCACCAGAUUCGGGCAGGUGAAACCGCAGGCACUGGAGGUUAUCGACGUCUUCGAGCAAAAUGAAACGCGGCUGUCUCCUCAAGGUGCGGCCGAGAUGCCGACUCGAGACCUGGACGCGGCCGUCUGCAACAGUACCGUGACGCCGAAAUGCUUGAGGGCACUGUACAACGUGGGGGACACCAUUGCGGAUGCAAGCGUACCAGGCUUUCUCGGCGUUAGCGGUUUCUUAGAGCAAUACGCCAAACACGACGCGCUCGACCAAUUUCUCCAGAAAUUUGCUCCUUUUGCUCUCGCCCAAAAUUUCACCACUCACCUCGUCAACGGGGGUCUGGACAACCAGACUGACACCAGCGAUGACGACAAGGAGGCGAAUCUGGAUAUUCAGUAUGCGGCGUCUCUAGCCUUUGACACAGAAAUUCGCUUCUAUUCUACUGGCGGUCGUGGGCCGUCCAUUCCUGAUCCCAAUCAACCCAAUUUAGGGGAGGGAUCCAACGAGCCAUAUCUGGAGUACCUAACCUAUCUCUUAAAUCUCCCCGACGAGGAGCUUCCACACACACUGAGCACCUCGUACGGUGAAGACGAGCAGUCCGUACCGCGAGAGUACGUCAAGAAGGUGUGCACCAUGUUCGGCCAACUGGGUGCUCGUGGUGUCUCGGUAGUGUUUAGCUCGGGGGACACCGGCCCCGGAAACACGUGCCAGACCACCGACGGCCGGAAUGCGACACGCCUGCUGCCCAUAUUCCCGGCAGCCUGCCCGUACGUGACGACGGUAGGCGGCACCGUGGGCGUGGCACCGGAGCGCGCCGUCGCCUUCUCGUCAGGCGGCUUCUCGGAUGUGUUCGCACGCCCAAGAUACCAGGAGUCGGCGGUUGCCGCGUACCUUAACCGCAUCGGGGGCACGUUCCGCGGGCUGUAUAACCCAGACGGACGGGGGUUUCCAGAUGUCGCCGCGCAGGGCCAGAACUUCAACAUCGUAACGCAGGGCUAUGUUGUCAUGGUUGGUGGGACGUCUGCGUCUGCACCGACGUUCGCUGCCCUCGUCAGCCUACUCAAUAACGCGCGCCUCAAGGCCGGCGGGAGACCCCUCGGCUUCCUGAAUCCAUGGCUCUAUGCCGACGCCGCCCACGGCGGCCUCACGGAUAUCGUGGUGGGCGGCAGCACGGGUUGCACCGGAACAGACCGUUACAGUGGCCUGCCGGCACGGCACGUUCCCGGCGCGGGUUGGAACGCGACCGAGGGUUGGGACCCCGUUACGGGCUUAGGCACUCCGCUGUUUGACAAGCUGUUGGCGAAGGCGGCCCCGGGAGUGAAGUUGCCAAGCGCGAGAGGUUAAGAGGGUUACAGAAGCCUGGGUGGAUGGGCUUAGCUGCUUGGCGCACCGCGUGGCUCUUCAGUAUGCCUGCGCAGGUAUUAUAACGUACCUACAUACGCACAUAUCUACAGGAGCCUUUGGAGGAGUAACCAACCUUGUGUGCGCG